AUGCGUGAGGAUGCCUUCGGAAGUACUGCAAGUAGCCUGAGCGCAGAAAGACCCGAUAUAAGAAAAAGAAAACUGUAUUUGGUAAAAGUACAGUUGUGUGCUUUCAUGGUGUACAUAAGCUAUAUCAUGGUUUACUCAUCACGAAAUUUGUUGAAUGGCAUCAUAAUUGCGAGACAGUCACCUAUUGCGAAAUGUUUCACGGUUGUGUUCAUCAUCUUACCAAUUACCUUGGUGAUGUCCAUCUUGGUGCGGAAGUGGCUAUCAAGGUACAGCAUACAGAUCAUGCUGACGUAUGCUCUCGCCAUAUUCUGUUUGUAUUUCUUGAUUGUAAAUCCUUUCGUAGUAUAUUUCAAGCAAAUGCUUGACUUUAACGACCUGUUGAUCGUCGAUUUUGUUGCCGAUGGAAAAAUUGCAUUCAAAAGAAUGAGGCUCUUUGCCAUAUUUCUCUCCAUGCUGACCUCCUGGACAAUUACGCUGCAAUUUUCGGUAAUAAACAUUUACGAGGCAUUUGUGCAGUACGUCCUCAUGUUCUCAAUGUUCAACGAGAUUUUCACACAGAAGCAGUACAACGGAUUUGUUUCGAUAAUAUUGUUCUGCGAGACCCUAGCUCUUCUGACAUCAAGCCUUAUUUCUAUCCUGCACCAGCAAAUAAUAACAUCAGUUUCGUACUGCAACAAAGAGUACGUCAAUGUUGUAUUUACAAAUGUUAUCUUUGCACUGAAUUUCGUACUUUUCCUCAUUUUCGUGCAUCUGAAGACUGAGGUCACGAAAGAGAAAGCUGCCUCGGUUCAACGAGCAACUAUCGAGCUGCACGCUAAUACACCUGAAAGUGAGUAUGAUUCAGCGCGUGAUAAAGAUUUAGGGUCUUUGCUGCGGCUUAAAUUUGUGCGCGCAAUCAGUGUCAACGUGAUAGCGCUUUUCAUCCUCAACGAGUUCAUGUACAUUUCGUUUGAGAGCGGCGUGUACACCGUGGCCAAAAAAACAUUCAGACACGUUACAAGUACCGUCAUCAGGUCGACAGAUAUUAUUCGUUUCGCUUCGUCUCUGUUAAUUCUGGUUGCCUUGUUCUUCUCCGUGCCAAGGCGGCUGAUUCAGCACAAUUGGAAGUUUCUGGCGUAUUCACCGUGUACAUGGCUGAUAAUAGCCAGUAUUUUCCAAUUUACCAUGGAUACGAUUCUGAAAGGAGUAGAAGGCGAUAGUUUUCAGUUUGUUAACAAUUUAUUCCAAAGUCUGAGUUCAAGUGAUAAUGUGCACAUUAGAGUGUGGAUCUACAGAAUAUAUAACAAUUUUACGAUUUUGGCACUGAUAUUUGUUCGCAUUCUCAGAAAUAUCGGCUUUCUGAUCGCCAAGGAGACACUGACAAUGAUGAUAGACCGCAAGAUACGUCCGCGUUUGCGAACCAUCUAUGAUGGGAUGUGUCCACUUAUCGGAAAGGCCAUCGCAUCCAGUGUUGUUCUGUUUAUGUCAGAGUUGUUCGAUUUCCGUGAUGCAAGGUCCUUCUCCGUUGUUAUGCUGAUAUUUGCGCUCGUGGUCUUCUGUUCCUGGAUAAAUAACACGCGGUACUUAGUGAGAAGGUACUAUGGGGCAUUUUAG